AAACAACAGCCCACGAGGAUUGAAUUUGUUAUAUAAAAGGGAAUAAUGACCGCGUACUGAGGUUAGAGAUGUAGAGAAGAAACAGCAACGGGCAAUAGUGAAACCAUUCAAAACAACCAAAGUCCCUCUUAAAAGUGUUUUGGUUUGAUGCCUUGACCGUAAGCGCGCACUUGGAGGCCUGAGCAGUUACGAGGAGGAAUGCAUGGAUGUUCCACCAACCAUUUGUGCAAGUGAUGGAUGCGUAGAGGAAGGCUGCAUGGAGUUUUGUUCCCGCCCACUUGCACUUGCUCUUGCUGCUGAAAACACUCGGACUGUAUUGUCACGGUGAGAGCCUGAACUAUCUGUGCCUUCAAUCGCCAUCGCCAUGGGAGGAAGCCUGCGGUGCGUCUGUUUGUUUGCUCUCCUCGUUUUCAAAGAGGUGUCUGGCUUAAAGAUUCAGAACAAGCUGCUGGGUAAAUGUCUUCAGGUUCAGGACAGUAGGGUGUCACUGGCUGAUUGCACCCCCUUUUCGGCCGCACAGGAAUGGCGCUGGCUCCCAGAGAGCCAGGCUCUCGCAAGCCAACACACUGGGGAGUGUCUGACUGCAUCAGGAGAGCAGUAUGAAGGUGUCCAUCUGAAGCCCUGUGUCUUUCAGGCUGAUAGUGAUGUGACUGGUCCCGGAGAGGCAGCAGUGGAUAUGGGCAAAGAGGCAAGCAGCCAGACAUGGUCCUGUUCCAAGAAAGGACACCUCACUUUGUUACGGAGGGGGCUGCACCUUAGCGCCACACAAGAAUCCACUUUAGUCUUCCUUUCAAGGGAACAUAAGCAGCAGGGCAGCAGGUGGCGGGCACUUGACAACCAGACAUUGUGCAAUGGGAAAGACAACAGAAAUAACCAACACCAAACCCUCCACCAUCUGGGGAAUUCAUUGGAACCUGGGAUCUUUACAAGCCCCAUCUCUGAUAUACACAGACAAGCUAAACCAUUUGGAGGUGUAAUGGAAAAUGAGGUCACAGAAUCAUAUCUUGCAAUUGAUCAGACUCUUUUGUCCAUGAGCACCAAAUCCCCUGCAGAUCCCACCAUGAUUUUCUUCAGUAUGGACUAUGGAAUGGGCUGGAAGAUAACCAUGCUGGUACUAAGCUCUUUGGCUUUGGUCCUGGGGACUGUGAUCCUUAUCCUCAAUGUUUACUCCAAUAGGAGGAAGAAGGUGGUGUGUGUUCUGAAGUCAUACACACCAAGGCCAGAGGUGAACAUUCCUGGGUCUCCGGUGCACAGUGAAAGAGCCCCGCUGACAGAGCAUGCCAUGCGUCUCCCACACUCCUCCCCCACUUUACAGCGAGGAGAAAUCCUGAUUGAGUGGAAGGAUGGCACAGUUACUCCUCUGUACGAGGCCUGAAGGUUGUCCCAUUCAUGUAGAUUCAGAUGUGGGUGUGUUUGUGCAGGCAUGCUUAGUUUCUUGUGCCAGGCACAAGAAACUAAGACAUCUAAUUAGGCAUAUAAUCCUCUCAAUUUGUCUGAAGUCUGGAUUCUGUUGUGAAGAGAAAAGAUGAGAAAAACAAAAAGGUUUUUUUACAGACUUUUAUAUCAAAAUGAUACUAAGCAAGCUGUUGAUGGUAACAAGUUAGUGUGUAAUUGAGUGCGAGUUGUUUUCCAAAAUGUGAGUCGUGAGCUCUAGUAUGAGAGGUUGGAGUGGUAACUUGGAUGAAAGUACUGUCAAACUAAUGUUUGAGCAUCCACACAUUGUUUGCAGACUUACUAUAAGCACCAUGGGCUCCAGGUAGGCUCAACAAAGCAACCAGGAGGUCUUAAGUUGGAUAAACACUUAGGAAACUAACCUUUGUUUGUCUAGGCCUGAGCUUAAACUUCUUAAAGCAGACAUUGUGAUGCUGCUGCUGUAAACUCAGCUCAGGUGUCUCUUUACAUUUUUGCUUAAUUUUGAAGAAAUUAAAAUGCCUAUGGGCAAUUUUAGACUUAGUUAAUUUGUCAGUUGUUUAACACUGUGCGUUAUACAAUAUCAAAAACGUGUCUUGGCCCCCGAGACUCACUUCCUUAGUAGACUAUUUUAGGAAAAUGUAAUUACUUUUGUAGCAGCACUCUUCACAUAACACAGUUCAGCAUUAUUUAGCCUGUACUCCAUAUCCUAACUACAUAGAGUAGUUAAGAUGUUUCAGGGGAAAAUUCUUACCUAGUAUUAAUAGUCUGACAGUAUAUUUCACUGCCGUUCAUUUUGUAAUGUACUUAGGUUUGAUACUGACAUGACUUCAUUGUUCAUUAAUUUAAAUUGUCAAUAGAAUGUGCUUACAACAUUGACUUGAGCUCGACACUUUCUCAACCUUGGAAACAUCAGUUGAAAAAAACACCUCCUCUCAAGGUCUCUUUAGUGGCUUUUUCCGGGGCUUUCACUUGUACCACACAGUGGUUAUGAGCAGAUGAAGUUAACUCAGCUGUCAUGGAACAGGAGAUGUUUGAACUUAACCAUUAUUCUGAGCACUUUUGGGACUUCUCUCCCUUAAAGGUUCACUGUGAAGAUUGUUUGAUGUGGCUGAAAGCUCAAGUGCAGAGUGUUUUGUCUUUGAGUUUUUGCAUGUUUAUGUGGCAACCUGAUAGACACCCAAUUAAUGUAUUAGUUUUUUUAACUAAAUAUAAGAUUUUUUUUAAAGCCUUGAAGUAGCUAAUAAAAUGAGCUAUGUACA